AACAUUGACCAGUACGCUCGAUUUAAAAAUUAUUGAUUUCAUCCCAUUCAUUUAACACAAGAUUGUCGGGAAACAUUUGUUUUAUCCUUAUCCAGAGGCUCGUGUUAGAAGAGCACAGCACAGGGGGAGUUUCAAUGUUGGCAACUAGCAUGGCUAGCAAUGUGAUGAGCUCGUGGAGACCUCCAUGUCAUGUUCUGAGUCUCUCGAAGUCCAGCAGAAUGGGAAGCUUAAGCACCCAUUUCACUUCCAUGAGGAUAGCUGUUGGACAGAGCAUUCAUGGUCGUAAGCCAGUUAAAACUCUGACCGUGAUGAUGGGCAAGAGGGAACAGAGCCUUCAAGAAAUCAGGGGAAAAAACAACGAGGAUAUCAACGAAGAAAUUAUUGAUCUCAAGGGAGAGAUUCAUAUGCUUCGAUUUAUGAAGAGCACCAAACAGGAGUACAAGGCCAGCGAUUACAAACGAAUGAGGAAACAAAUUGCACGACUGCUAACAGUACGAAGAGAAAGAGAGCUUGAACAAGGAAUUAAUAAAAAACAAUCAAGAAAGAUGGAUCGUGAAUGGAAACGUAGUGUUGUUGUUAGACCACCUCCAUCAUUGCGGAAGAUGCAAGAAGAAAAUGCUGCUGAGCAAAACAAAGGGUCAUAAUUCAUGUUUGCUUUCAACUCAUUCUGAUUCUCUACAGGUGUGGAAGUUCAAUCGAUGUCAUUGAAGACUUCUAGUUUUUGGUCAAAAAAUCUUCUGACAGCAUUUUAAGGAUAUCUGUAUCCUCUUGGUUCAGGAAUUCUUUUCCCUUAUUAGUUUUCACCAUUGGAACUAACCUGUAGGGUGCAUUGUCUAUGAUAUUGAUAUCAAAUCUUUUACCUAUUUAUAUUAAGAAGCCUUUUUUUCUAUUUGAACAAUCAAGAAAUACUGUAUCAUAAAGGCUACAAACAUGAAAUAAUUCAGCAUGCUUUGCAAGGGAAUAUCGGAUAUCUAUCUUGGGUAAGUUUAUGUUA